AUGGAGAGUCCAAGGAUGCGAACCCGGCGCUCCUUCAACUGUAAGGAGCCAGGAUGUGGGCGGUCGUUUAUCCGCCAGGAGCAUCUUCAACGGCACCGUCUCAAUCGUAAGAGAUCUCAAAGGCGAAACUGCAUUCGAGAUACAACACUAAUGAUGCAUGUAGACCAGCCAGCGGAAAUAUUUUCAUGUGAUAUCUGUCCUAAAUCAUUUGUUCGGCAAGACCUCUAUCGCCGACAUAAGUCACGCCAUGCAAAGGGCAUGUUUUUCAGAAAUACUGGGGGAAUUGUUCAUCCGCCAUCCUCCUCCACCUUAUCUUCAUCAAAUGAGAAAACAGGCAUAUCUGAACCGCUUCAGGAUCACCACAUCUCUGGAAUUCAGAUACAGAAUGCAGGGAGUAUGCCCGAAGAAGAGACACUUACUUCAGAAAAGAACGUGCUAUUCGCGACUAAAGAUAGCAGCCUGGAUUCUUUCUGGGCAGAAUGCGCUCAAGUUCCCACCGUUCAAGAUGGCUUAGAUUGGUUUUUUGAACCUCUGCAGGAUAUUAGCGACUUGAUUGACCCUCCUUUGGUCGAAUUCGAAACCGACUUAUCUACGGCACGCGAUGCAGAUAAUCAAGUAGCGAGAAAUGAUACAGAUGGAGAGACCUUGAAUCUUCCUAUGAAUAUUAACAACGAGCAAGAUAAUGACUGGAAUUUUGCACGAUCCAACAUCCUUAACUCUCUCAAUCAGCUCGAUAUUCGAGUCUUGACCUCAGCGGAUUAUUUGAGCCCCCCCAUCCCUCUCUGGUGCCUCCAAGCUCUCCUCCUAGUACAAGCUUAUGGAAAAAUGAUCUCUUCACGGAAAAACUAUGAGAUGGCACAUAUAUUUCACGGAACAAUCCUCACUCCAGCAGAGCCAAAUGAGCUCCUCCAGACAAGCUGGCGCCGCUGGAUAAACGAAGAAUCUUGGCGCCGGACCGCGUUUUUCGCGUUUGUCAUGGAUGCCCAGCAUGCCUGUGUAUUCGGACACUCCCCCGUACUCUCGGUGAUUGAUAUGCGAAUCGCGCUUCCUUGCCUUGAGUCGACGUGGGAGUCUCUCUCGGCAGAGACAUGGCAAGCGCUGAAUCGACCAGAAAUGACCGCAUCACUCUUUUUGCCGACUCUCAAGUCCCUGCUCCGGGAGAAUGAGGUCCCGCCACACUGCAGUGAAUAUGCGAGGUUCGUGCUUUUGCAUGGGCUUAUGAGUCUGCAGACCCAUCUUCAGGCUGGUUCACGUUUAACGCUUGGGAUCGAGAUGGGAAAGCUGCACGCCCAUGUGACGACCCAGAAUUCCCACCACCCCAACUGUCUAGGUAGUAUCAGUAACAGCAGUAACAGCACCCCCGUCUGGGCAAAUACUGUUGACACGGCUCUGAACACCUGGUCCACAUCUCUCUUCUCCCUGCAGCCAUCGCUGUGCCUCGAAGCGGCCCGCCCCUUGCACCGUGUUGCACAAAUCACACUACAUGUCAGUGUCCUUGACAUUCACACUGUCGCCAUGGACCCGUAUUUGCUGGCUGGCCCUUCGCAUCUGAAUACUGAUUCUGGGGCCUCCCUCAUUAACACAAACACAACCAAGGCCCUGGCACGUCUGCAGCUCUGGGCCCAUACUGGAUCCUCACGCAGCGCUUGUCGGUAUGCACUUCUCCUAGUGCAGGAAACUAUGUUCAGCGGGAAGCGCUACUUAGCCCGUGAAGAUAACGUUGCGCCGCGGCCUUGGUGCUUAUACAUUGCAGUUUUAGCACUUUGGGUCUACGGCCUGGUCACGGAGGGUCCUUCCUCGGACGGUGGAUCUACUGUUGGAGCCGAGGAAUACAUGAUUCGAAUGACACGCGCGAUGAAGCAGGAUAAUUCGGCGAGCCCAGUCAUUCGCGGGACAAACCAUAUCGCCGGUUUGAUGAGGGCUGUAAGGGAUGCGUUAAUUGGGUGUCGGUGGGAGUUGUUGCAAGAAGCUCAUCUAGUGCUUCGGCGAUUGGGGGGAGAAACUAUGCUUGACCCUGGCGGUGAUGGGAAGACUUUAAUUUAA